AUGGCGACGUUCAGUUUAUUACAAGCCGCUCUUCUUUUCUGGGUGGCUCUGGCAGCUGCCCAGGGUUCCGACCUCAAGGCUCUCAAACAUAAGGGCUGCUAUUGGUCGAGACCGACGAAUUUUGUGAUCGGUGGAUUUUCGAAGACCGAGGUUCAGCGCCAGAAGUGUCUCGACACAUGUACCCGACGCGGUCAGCAAUGGAUUGCGUUCGGUUCCAUCAACUGCUUAUGCAGUAAAACCGCCCCGAGAUAUCAUCAAGUCGACAAUAACCGCUGCAAUGCGCAGUGUGUCGGUAUCUUGGAUGGUGACUGCAUCAAGCAGCCGAAAAACAACUAUGCCUUCGGGGAGGAUGACGAACUUUACGCCCUCUUCUCCAUCCCUUCCAUCGCCAACGACGAAACGAAACGAAUUUCAUCGCAUCACAGACAGGGACCAUUGGUUCAUGCAACCGAGUCUAAGCAGCUCGCGACAAACCAAGGCAAGGUUGGCAAGAUCACAGCACAGGGAUGCUACAAUAUCUCAGGACGUUCGUCAAUGCUCAUGAAGGUGUUGAUUCACGACGAUGACUCCCGCCGCGAAUGCGCUAAGGUCUGCGCUCAAGAUGGAAGGCCUCUUGCUCUUAUCAGCGGAAACGAAUGCUCCUGCGGUACCAUGUAUCCUGCAAGAGAUGCCGCUGCUGGUUCUGAUAAGUGCUACAUGCCAUGUUUGAGCGACGGCGAUGAUAGGUGUCAGCGUGAUUCUGAGUACAAACCAGCUCGUCAUGAUGCCUAUACCGCUGUUUAUAACACCGGCCUUGGUCUUGAUGUCGAGACUCUACCUUCUGUUGCUACUGAGUUACCGAGUUCCGAGACAACAUCUCCCAAGCAUACUGAGCCAAAUGGGCAUCCCGGACAGGCUUGUUACAGAAGAGUACCCGCAAGUCCCGCAUACAAAGUGUUCGCGGACAACAGUCCUAUGCUAUGUCAUCGCUUUUGUCAGCGAAAGAAUCAUAUGUAUGCGAUCACCUGGCAUCAGAUCUGCUACUGUAACAACGAAUAUCCUGAUAAGAAAGACGAACUUCCAGAUUCUCAGUGUGAUAUGCAGUGUCCCGGAACAAAUCUCUUCAACUGUGGUGGCAAUAGCGCGUUCAGUGUUUACAACCUCGGCCCUGAGAGGAGACCUGUCAUCGAGCCUAAGCCUAUUAGACAGAUUGAGCGAUGCUUCUACGAUAUCCCCAUGACCGCAAACCAUAUUUCUCUAGAUGCAGGUGCGGUAUCAAGGCUCCCUUCAUCCUGCAUCGACUCGUGCAAAGCCGCAGGAAAAGGGGUUGCUUUCAUCAAAGGCUCGCAAUGUCACUGUGCCCAAGGCUAUCCACGAUCUAGCUCCACAACAGACCUUCGCGAAUGCCAGAUCCCUUGCGCCGGCGAUCCUAAGUACUCUUGUGGUGGCUACGUUACUGCAGACACUUUCUCCGCAUACAGGACUGGCUACGCAGGCGGGAGAUAUCGCAUCCAACAGGAAUCGAACAACAAAGACCAUAUGCAGAAGCCUGUCCAGGAGCCGAGAUUAGGCCGUGUCACAUCGCAUGGCUGUUACAGUAUGCAGUCUGCUACCCUGACUCACAAGAAGCUUGAGAGCAUGAAUAGCGUCGAUCAAUGUGCUCGCUACUGCCAACGUGAGGACAAGCCUGUCGCAGCUGUUCAACGUGGUUGGUGCCUGUGCUCUGAUACAUAUCCCGCGAAGAGCGCACUCGUCGAUGAUUCUAAAUGCACGAAUUGGUGCCCUGGUUGGUCUCGUGAAGCUUGCGGCGGAAGGAGAACUUGGAGUGUUGUGAACACAGGAAUUGCCACUGACGUGGCGGACGAUGAGCUCAAGACUGAAGAAGUCGAGCUACCUGCUAAGAUCCCGAAUCGUCCAACGGAGACCGGACUGUCUAAGCUAAAGCCCCAUGGCUGCUUCAGUCUUCCUGGCUUCACAUCUUCGUAUCCUCCACGCGUCAACAUCAGAGGACCUUAUCGAAGUUCCAACGGAGAUUCUUGCAAUCGCCAGUGCACUAUCAAGGGUUAUUCUGUUGCACUUCGCCAUGGAUCUCGAUGCUUCUGUUCCAACAAGGUUCCAGAGGAAUCCGCACGAGUUACCGACGACAAAUGUUGGUUUACUUCCAUUUUCGACACACGCGAGCAGUGUGGCGGACCAGAUGAUGUUUACUCUGUGUACCGCCUUGGAUCCGACUCGUCGGGUACAGAGGAGAAUGAUGUUGCUAAGGGCGAUAACCCCAGCAACUCUCCUGUGAAACGACCACAGUGUUUGCAUCAUGGGAUGGAGCGCAUCUAUGAGACUUCAUCGUGGGCUAUCACCAAGGUUGGCGAGUUUGCUCAGAACGCCCGAGACGGCUUAGCUGGAUUCCUUGAUAAAGCCCAAGAUAUCUUCGAUGCCUGUCUUUGGAAGGUGAUGGUUACGUUCUCAGAUGUUAUGUAUAGUUUGGGAUGGAGAUCGAGCUCAGGUGACGUUGAUCUAUAG